AUGUCCACCCAAUUACGGUGCAACACUUGUUUGGGCUGGUGUCACCUCAGAAACUGCUCUGGACUAAAUCAUCAUCGGGAGUGGUCGGAGACUUUUGUCGCCCCAUGCUGCCAACAACAGCGACGAAAUUCAUUGGCAGCAUCGACAUCGUCAUCGUCGACAUCUUACGCCACACCUCCACCCUCCCCACCGCAAUCACAACAACCGCAGCAAAGACAACAUCUUCAGCAGCAACAACAACCCUCGCCGCUGACUCCAUCGAUUGCGGUCCAGAGACCUGGGUCUAGGGAAGACCAGAGAGGCGCGUCACUGGCGGAACAAAUAGAUGAAUCCACCUUCUGCACAAUAAAUUAUGAUGCCCCCACACGGAUUAUGGGUAACUGCGCCAGCUCUCCAGACAUCACAAUAGCGAGCCCUGGUCUGAUAAACUACGCAACGUGGAGAGCAGUAGUUUCUCUAGCCUCAGACCACUUACCCAUAAUCGUUUGUCUGGAUCGACCCAAUGACUUUAUCGUCUCUGAACGCCGUCUCUACAUAAACCAAAAAAAAGCAGACUGGCCCGGCUUCAGAGAAUUCACUGAUCGCAUCUUCAAUGAUCUUCCAGCUCCUAGCAACGUACACCAAGCAGAGAGCAAGUUCCGCGAAACCGUCAUCGCAGCAGUAGCCCGCUUUAUUCCUGCUGGUCGACUAUCCUUAGUGCGACCGCACUUCCCAGCAGAAGCAGCGAGACUAGCAGAUGAGCGCGAUGACCUCCGAAAUAUCAACCCCGACGACCCACGUAUUGUCCAGCUGAAUCAUGAUAUCAGCAGGUUGGUAAAUGAGGACAAGCGGAAUAAAUGGUUAGAUCAUUUGAAGAACUGCAACUUGAGCUCAGGUGUUAGUAAGUUGUGGUCUACGGUUCGAUCUCUCUCCAACCCGACGAAGAAGGAUGACAGGGUAGCGAUUAAGUUCACUCAGAUCUCACAAGGCUUAAACCAGCAGAGGCCUUGUGAAAGGACAAUCCUUGUGGCGCUAGAUUUAUCGAAAGCCUUCGAUACAGUCAGCCAUGCCACACUCUUCCAGGACAUCCUGAAGUCCACCAUGCCCAACAACUUGAAGAGAUGGAUUGUAAAUUAUCUGAGUGGCCGUCAGUCGUUCGUUGAGUUUAGAGACAAAUGUUCCAAAACCCGUAGAGUUAAACAGGGAGUACCACAGGGCGGUGUCUUAUCCCCCUAUUGUUUAAUUUCUACCUCUCUAAACUCCCCACACCUUCCACAAGGUGUGGAAGUGAUAUUAUAUGCGGACGACUGUACCAUUAUGGCGACGGGCCACAACGUUGAUGAGCUAUGCGAUCGAGUGAAUGGUUAUCUCGGAGAAAUACACAACUUCUUCACUGGACGUAACCUGAAACUAUCACCAGCGAAAUCUUCAGCUACACUUUUCACCACCAGGACGAAGGAGGUAAACUUGAACUUAGGCGUCGUAGUCGAUGGAAACCAAAUUCCGACUGUGAACCAUCCAAAGAUUUUGGGGGUCACCUUUGACAGCCUGUUUACUUCCUCAGCUCAUGCCACUGCAAAUACGCACAAAUUGCGAAGUAGAAACAAGGUCCUCAAAGCGCUAGCCGGCAGCACCUGGAGAAUGGACAAAGAAACCUUGUUGGCUACCUAUAAAACUAUUGGCCGGUCAGUGGUCAAUUAUGCUGCUCCAGUGUGGUCUCCAUCGCUGAGUGAUACCCAGUGGAGAAAUAUUCAAAGCUGCCAAAAUGCCGCCCUAAGGACUGUAACGGGCUGCAUGCAAAUAACCUCAGAACACCAUCUACAUGAGGAAACGAAGGUUCUCCCAGUCAAGGAACAUAAUGUCAUGCUGACUAAACAGUUCCUCCUGGGAUGUCACCGGAGG